GUUGCGUUAACACACUUUAUCCACCGACAAACGAUACAACGUUUUCUAUAAAGUCGUUUGAUUGGGGACCGACCAGUGAUACACGUAGUGAGUACAGAUCUCUUACAGAGGAAAACAACACUUAAUUAUAAUCUAAUCCCCAUGUCACUGAUGGAUUAAAAAAAAAAAAAAAGACAUUCAAAGAAAAAGACGGAAAAGUUCGUAUUUCAAACACGACAAUUAUCAAAAUAGCAUUUCUCCAGCUUCCAAGUACACUUAUUUUGACAGAGAAGUAUUAGACUUGACUAAGUUACUAACAACAAGCUCAAGGAUGGGAUGUAUUGGCGAUUCCUCUAAAUUAGCCUGUGUUGCACUUAUAGCCAUCAUUAUCAGCUUCAUAUGCGCAUGUGUGGCUAUCUUCACGCCUUUCUGGCAUCAGCAGGAAAGCAAUGGCACCAUCACUUACUCUGGUCUCCUAACAACAUGUCAGAACAGCAUCAGUGACUGUUUCACCAUCGACAACCUCCUCAGCGCUUACCAGGGGACAGAUCGAUACGAUGACUUCCUGGUCAACCUGUCCCUCCAGAUGUUUGGUUUUCUCCUCAUCAUCGUCUCCAUGGUCCUCCUCCUCCUCUACUGCUGUUGUACCUUCAAGGCGAUCGGAGUGGUGGCCGCCAUCACUAGUAUCCUAGCAGGCUGUGUCAUUAUAGCCGGACUGAUCGUGUACGGGGUGAGCUUUAGUUCGGUGGUAAGUUCCCUCCUGUCCUGGUCGUUUGGACUAGACGUGACCGCAGCUGUACUAGCACUGGCGGCAGGAAUCCUGUGUAUCAUCAACUGUUGUUUACCGUGAUGACAUCAUCUCUAUCUAAUGUGACGUCAUACUGACAUCAUCGCUAUCUAAAGAGACGUCAUAGUGACUGCUGAUGAUAACCUAUAUAUUAUCAAUGUCUCCUGGCCUUUAUGACGUAUCAGUGACGUUGUUACUGCUGGUAGAUCCUGUAUAAUCAACUUUUACUUACCGUCAUAUAAACAUCACUAUCAUCGGUGUGAUGUUUAUCAACUACAGAUGUUUACUGUGAGAACGACAUAUAUGGUGUCAUAAUAACAUUUUAUGUGAACACGUUACGUCAUCUGUAUUGAACACCUACUUGACAGACGAUUUUCUAUUUCAUUUAACUGUGAUAAAAUUGUAAAAUAAA